AUUCGACAAAUAUUGUAGUGGAUGUCGUAGCGUAGCCUAACUUUGGGACGAAUAUAUAUAUAUGUAUAUGUAUUCUUGGUUAAAAUCCUGCAUCUAAUGAACAUGCUGUGAUACCUCAAAGAAAAAAGUGUAAAAACAUUUUAAAAAAUAUGGCGAAUUUGAAAAUCGUAAAAUUUUUAGAAGUUUCCAACAAAAGGUAUAAACCUAAUAUUAUAGGACUAAUAACAAGAAAUGUACAUGAUGUAACUACAAAAUCUGCUAAAAAGGUUACCCAUACUGGUCAGAUAUAUGAUGAGGAUGAUUAUCGUAAUGUACGAUUUAUAAAUAGACCAAAGGAGGUUAAUGAUAAUUGGGCCAUUAAAUUAAUAGCGGAAGUUCCUGCUACACCAGUGAAAGAUAAAAUUGUGGCGUGUGAUGGGGGAGGUGGACCUUUAGGACACCCAAAAGUUUACAUUAAUUUGGAUAAACCUGGUAAUCAUACUUGUGGAUAUUGUGGUUUACGCUUUUAUAAAGAACAUCAUUAAACAAAUAGGACAAAUACAUGUAGUCAAAUUAUAUAUUAUAUAUGUAUUUUAAUGUAUAUUUAAUGUUAGAAAUAUAUAUAUAAAAAACAAA